AUGGCAAAUGAUUUACAACCACCUGAAAAUGGACGUUUACCGUCCGCAGCAACUCACUUUGCUGGGCCUCUUGUAGCCACCAUCAACAACAAUAACAACAACCCAACCCCCUUAUCGACAAAUGAUUGUAAAUACUCUGAAGAACUCCCUUGUGAAAAAUACCGUCAAUUUAUGGAUUUCUCUCGUCAAGAACGCACUUUUAUGAUUGAAAAACUGGUUGAAACCUUUGCUAAUGCCAUUGAUUCAAUCUGGCAUCCGAAAUUCUUGAUCGAACACCAGAAAGUCAAAGUCAUGCCAACUCGAGGAUUCUGCAAUGAAAUCUUGAAACGAUCAAAGACCACCUACUCAACAUUGCAAAUCAGCCUUUUCUAUGUCUUUCGUGUCAAGAAGGUCGUUCACGAAAAACUCUACCAACGUAUACAACAACAACAGCAGCAACAGCAGUCAGGAAACAUGCCGACAAGCACUUGUUCAACUACUACUCAGAUGGACGAUCUCAUGUGCUGCGGACGACGCAUGUUUCUGGCUUCCCUUAUGCUUGCUUCGAAAUAUCUUCAUGACAAAAACUACCACAACAAAGCUUGGUCCAAAAUCACCGGACUUGAUAUCAAAGAGAUCAAUGCUGCGGAAAUGGCUUUUUUGAAAUUGAUUGACUAUCGAUUAUACGUUAGUAAACCCACAUUUGACAGAUGGUACACUCAGUUACAUGGACACAUUCAGAAGGGAUACAAUGCUAAAUCCGAAUUACCUUCAAACAACAAUUGCUCGGCCGCAACAACACCAACGACUGUCAUCAACCUGUCGUUGAACAACAUGAAUAACGUUUAUCAGCACCAACGAAUGACCUCUAGUAUCGAUAGCAAUUAUCCUUCUCCUCCUCCCGAUGAAACGAAUAAUCCAGCUUAUGGUCAACAACAACAACCACAACAACAGCUGGUGGCUCAUCAUCAUCAACAACCAAUGUCACCACCAUCUCCCUGUUCUGUUCAGCAGCAACAAGAGCAACAAAGAAAAAAGUGCAACAUGGCCACAACUUAUGAAAGAUCUGAUUCUGGCGUAUCAUUUGAUAUAUUCUCUCCACCCUCUUCUCAACCUUUAUCAACAACCACAGGAGGAUCAACCAAAAGACAAUAUUACGAUGAUGACAUUUCUUCAGUAACAAUCAAUAAACGUAUCUGUCAAUAG